AUGCAUGAUUCCAAGCCCAAGUGGCAAGGGUUCCAUGCUCAGCAACAGCAAGAGGAGCAGGAGUCCCGUCAGGCUUUCAACUUCCAUCAGUUUGAUCACCAUAGACAGGAACAGAAUACUGCAAAAGCCCUUCUGGUUGGAUAUCCCUCGCUUUUCCCGCACUCCAACCCUCAAGGUCAGCCUCAAGGACAGCAGCAAACAUCGGCGACAUUCUUGGCCCGUCAAGGCGGUGGCAAUCAAGAAAAUGGCGCUGCAUCUCCCAUCAACGCGAGGGUCAAGGAGUUGCUGGCUGCUCAACGGGAGCAUCUCUUAGCCGCGGUGGAGAUUGACCACCAGCUGCACGAAAUCUGGAGACUUCCGGCCAUGGACCGGAUGGUGGCUGAUUUGGAGGGAACGAUCGAGGCGUUAGGGGGGGGGAGGGGGGCUGCCGACAACAACACACCCCGCCUCAGGAACUAUAGUUAA